AUGUACAUCGCCGGUUUCCAACGCGUCUGCGACCAACUUGCCAUGGAUCACGACGGCAUAUCGUCACGAGGCUCUGACGCAGGAAGUUCUCGAAGUGCGGAAGCGGCGUCGAAUCAUCGACGCGUGUCUCGCUCGGGAUUCGAAUGGAAGGUUUGGGUUCGCCUGAGCAACUCGCAACUUUUCUGCGGCGCCACAAAAUUCAACGAGACUUCGACGCGGAGAACACGGUGCAUGCCAACGGGGCUAUGUAAAUUUCCGAGGAUGCCCAAAAGCGAGCCGGGAGCUACCGACCCUACGGGCCAUACGGAGAACGAUGGACACGGGCUACAGCCUGCAGCACGUGAGGCGCCUCGUGUAGACGGCAGUUACGUGGCGCGCUUCCCGCUUUUUUUCCUCUUGCUCUGGACGCUCACCAUGAGCACGACAGUCUUUGAGGAAGUCGACGAGCUGUCCGCUCUUCUUGCCUCCGCGGACGAAGCUCUUCGGGAGGACGCCACCGCAUCUGUGGACAUAGCCGUUUCCCAGAUUGUCGAGAUCAUGCGCGACCACCGUCCACUGCAGAGGCUAUUCGCGCCUCACCCGCCGGCUGAUCAGCCAUAUGCUACCUUCGACCUUCAUGGUCCCGACCAAUCGCGACUUCUCUCCAUAUGCACGGCGAUCUCCAGUCUGCGAACGCUCCUAAACCUGUCGAAGGAGCUGAACCGCCCCGACAUGGUCGCCUUUGAGGUGGAUUUCUUCCUGUCGGUCUUUGACUGGAUCGACUACCUCCUUCCUCUGGGCUGUGAAGCGCCUUUACUGAAGCUUCCGCGUGCGCGCCAGGCAUGGCACAUCCUGACAUUCACCGAAGUCUGUCUCUCUUUCCUGCAGUCGUUCACGUUGUCGCUACCGAAGGAGAGCAUGUUCGAGGUGCUGAGCUCCGGCGAGGAACGCGCGACCGCCGUCUUCGUCCGGGUUUGGAUGAACUUACCGCGCACCCUCAAACGCGAAGGAGCGAUGGAGUUCCAACUCGCGCGGGAUAUCACCAACAUGUCCACGCUGCUUCUCCCUUUGCACUACGUGACUCUCCCGAGCGGUAUUCUGCGCGACAGAUUCGACGCAGAGGUCAUGCGCCAGACCCACAAUCACCCUCGCCGCCUAUUCCGCGCCUACGCCGUGUGUAUACGGGAUUCGUUGUCUCGCGCUGUCACCGAAAGCGAGGUGAUCUUCUUCGGGAAGUUACUCUGCGCUCUCAUGUUCUAUUCCAAGGUCCCCGAUCUUGGCACUCCCUUGCGGAUGCCGAAUAGUCUCAUCGCGGCUCUCCUCGACGCUCUUUAUCCGCCGCAUUUCUCGAUUGACUCGGGUAUAUCCGAGCUCGUCUGGUAUCACCUAUCCCAGUUUGCCGUGCGUAGUAGCCGCUCGCUCGUCUACGCGCUGGAACACGACCUCUUUCCGGGUCUACUCCACCUUCAAUCGACGACUGCGACACCGCUGGCCACCCCCUCAGAACUAUACCCGAUGAUGGAGAAGCUUUCAAAGUCUAGAACCGCCGUCGCCGCCUUUCAGUCCGCUCUACUGCGAUAUGAAGCUUCGCACACUACGGAAGGCUGUCGCGAAGAGAAUAAGGCCAUGAUGGACAUCUACAAGCGUCAGGCGGAUCUUUUUGACGGCGCAAAGAAGUUGUGGGACGAACUCGCGAUGUGCAGUAAUGCCGAGUGCCCUAGCGCGGAGGAUACAGUCGAUCUCAGGGCCUGCGCGUGCGGGGAGGCGCUCUAUUGUUCCAAAGCGUGUCAGCGCGCGCACUGGACGAAGGGCUGGCACAAUAUUGAGUGCGCGAGCCGGAAUAACCGCUACGGGGAGCACGGUGCCCUCUCAGCUACGGGCGUCCUCCAGAUGAUCUGGCGCGCGAAACUGUUCAUUCCUGAGUACUACAAGGGCGCUCUUGCCCACCCUCUCGCGCUCAGGAUUCCGCUGUAUGUCACCAUGGAGUGGCGCGACCAGUCCGAGAGGCACUUCCAGAUAUACGUACGCCACGAUAGCGAACUCCCCGAUGAGUGCAUAUCGACGCCUCAGCCGGUCAUCGUCGACUUCUCCUUUGAGCAGGAGGGGCGGAUGCGCCAGCGACGCCUGCAGUUCUUCCUCGAGGGAUACGCGGGGCGCAUCGAGAUGCCUUUUCGACUCUUGACACAGGUUUUCAUCGGUGAGAGAGUCUCUUUCGAAACGUGA